UCGUGGUCGUUGUUGUCGCUGCAGCUCCUCCUUCGACGCCGUCCGGUUCGCCGCUACCGCCAUCAUGUUCCGCCUCAUGCUCACCCACGCGAAGAAGCACCCGAGCUUGAUUCCUCUGUUCAUCUUCAUUGGAAUCGGAGGGACCGGCGCAGGCCUCUACAUCAUGCGCCUUGCUCUUCGCAAUCCUGAUGUCUGCUGGGACAAAAAGAACAACCCGGAGCCUUGGAACAAGCUGGGACCCAACGACCAGUACAAGUUCUAUGCAGUGAACAUUGACUACGACAAACUGAAAAAGGAUCGGCCCGAUUUCUGAAGAGCAAACGUUCUCCCUCUUCAAGCUGCACAAGAUGAAGUGUGUUAGGUCUUCCAGAAGCCAUCCGCACAACUCAUAUGCUUAAAUCAUCCAGGAAAUGUUUAAAACUGAUUGCACAAUGCACUUAAAUCAUGUUUUGCGACAGAGCUUGUUGGGACCCUAAUAAAACCUAAAGCUUGAAAUC